GCGACCAAAUCCAGACCAGAGUACUGAGAGCAGCUGUUCUUAAAGCGGUAUUUCAUAAUGGCUGCGGUGAGUGUCUCCGAUGAAAUGUUAUUGCUCUUUCACUUGUCGCUCACUUUUUGAUCAGCAAAUUUCCACCGUCGCGGAGACCAAGGAGCUCCGGGGUCUGAAUCUCAUCGCUGCCCAUUCACACAUUCGAGGACUCGGUGUGGAUGCCGAUUCUUUGCAACCGCGAUCGGCCUCUCAAGGCCUUGUGGGACAGGAAAAGGCCCGUAAGGCUGCUGCGGUCAUUCUUCAGAUGGUCAAGGAAGGAAAGAUUGCCGGGCGUGCUGUCCUGAUUGCAGGGCCACCCAGCACAGGUAAAACCGCCAUAGCCAUGGGUAUGGCGCAGUCCCUUGGGCCAGACGUCCCAUUUACUAUGCUUGCGGCCUCCGAGAUUUUCUCAAUGGAGAUGUCAAAGACCGAGGCUCUUACACAAGCUUUCCGAAAGUCCAUCGGGGUUCGAAUUAAAGAGGAGAGUGAGAUCAUUGAAGGCGAAGUUGUCGAAAUUCAGAUUGAUCGGAGUGUGACUGGCGGCAACAAACAAGGGAAGCUCACGAUCAAGACCACCGAUAUGGAGACGAUCUACGAUAUGGGAACGAAGAUGAUCGAUUCAAUGACAAAGGAGAGGGUCAUGGCAGGAGACAUUAUUUCGAUUGACAAGUCGUCGGGCAAAAUCACCAAGCUCGGACGAUCCUAUGCCCGUUCCCGCGAUUACGAUGCAAUGGGCGCCGAUGUGAAAUUCGUUCAAUGCCCGGAGGGGGAGCUCCAAGUCCGAAAAGAAAUAGUACACACUGUCAGUCUUCAUGAGAUCGAUGUCAUCAACUCGCGCUCGCAGGGAUUCUUGGCGCUCUUCUCUGGAGAUACUGGUGAGAUCAGAAGUGAGGUCAGAGACCAAAUCAACACCAAGGUCGCAGAAUGGAAGGAAGAGGGCAAGGCAGAGAUAAUCCCGGGCGUUCUAUUCAUUGAUGAAGUACACAUGCUCGACAUUGAGUGCUACUCCUAUAUCAACCGGGCUCUGGAGGCGGAGCUUGCUCCGAUUGUUAUAAUGGCCAGCAAUCGUGGCCAUUCGCGGAUUCGAGGCACCACAUACAAUUCCCCACAUGGUCUCCCUCUUGACUUCCUCGAUCGUGUAGUCAUUGUGAGCACGCAGCCUUACUCUGCUGAUGAGAUCAGACAGAUUCUGGCAAUCCGAGCCCAAGAGGAGGAAAUUGACCUGUCCCCCGAUGCCCUGGCUCUUUUGACAAAGAUCGGUCAGGAAUCUAACCUGAGAUAUGCCAGCAAUAUCAUCACCACAUCUCAUCUCCUCAGCCAAAAACGCAAAGCUAAGGAAGUUAGUGUUGACGAUGUACAACGAAGCUUCCGGUUGUUCUAUGAUCCGGCUCGCAGUGUCAAAUUCGUCAACCAGUACGAGCAGCGUUUCAUUGGCGAUCAAGGAAACGUCACCUUCUCUGUUGCUAACGGGGACGCCAUGGAAAUCUCAUAGACUGUUCUGGAAUCUGGUUUAGAUCUGUUUAGGUGUUAAGGAACGGAGUCUUCGAAGGGCAUUGCGGCCUCUGCUCAAAGCUGUGAGGGAACAGGGAAAGUAUUUCCCCCUAAGCCCUGACGCCAGUUGUUAGUUUGAUCAUAUCUGAAAACCUGUCCUCCGAUGUUUCUGCUAUCCGCAUCGAUCAAUUGAUGUACGAUAAUGCUGGCGCUGGUUUGCAGCUCACUAUGAUAUUUUGAGGGUUGGGUUUAGGUCUACAUGAUAAUGAAAAUAGUAAUAUCAUUUAAAGCUGGAAUCUCCAUUUAUGCUUCAUAUUAUACCCGCUCGUGGCCGUUACUAUACAAAGUUGACUGUGCUACUCCACUCGCCGGUGUCUGUCGUCUUUCUGAACUCAACCCCUUCGCCAAAGUAACCGGCGUACCGCCACGACUGCAUGGUUGGACCAUCGUAAGGUCCAUGCACUGCACCCCCGUCACGGGCAUCGGACCAGCGAUAUUCCCACAUCGCUGGCUCAGAGUCUGCGGCCACUGCAUCUUCUUUUUGUGGAGGGUCAAACCAGUCUUCACCUGUCUCGCGGCGGUACUGUCUGGUUAACACCUCUCGCUCAGUGUCGUAGAUUUCGGCUUGCCCUCGCGCCAUCAGAAUAUCAGCCGCAGCAGUAAUAGCUUCAAUUGUUUCUUUCCUGACCGUCUCUUUGGGAUCGUCUUCUGCCAUCUCUGUGUCCUCGUUCUUUAAUCGUUUGUGAUUUCGUUUCGUCUGCCACUUCGGUUUCUUCCGAGCACCCUUCCCUAUCCUCGCCAAAGCAUCUAGCGCUGUCUCUCCGCGCUGUAAAUUUGUAAUGAGCGUUUUAAGGGCAUCUGAUGUUAAAACACUAUCGUCUUUGCGAUCCUUUUCCUUUCUCGCAGAUUCUCGCUUCUCAGCCGCCUCUUUGGCGAGUCGAAUGUCCUUCUUCGAUACGCCCUCCAGCCAUGUAUCGUGUACAGCAUCCGGAUCUGCCGCCUUUCGGACAUAAUUCCCCUGCUCAUCAAAGCGACCCUCUUCUUGUUCGGAGCGCAUAUUAAACGCAUCCAGUAAGGGUGCGUGUUUCUUCUUUGAACCCGCCCCAAGUUCCUCGUCCAUGCCAGUGUCUACUUUGGCGCGAUCUUCCUCGGCCACAUCGCUCUCGCUAUCAUCUUCGUCGAUAUGGACAUCGUCAGCACCUUGGCUCAAGUCCACGCGCAACGUCCGCCCACUCUUUGACGACGCAACCUGUCCCUCAAUCUCGUCGUCCCGUAAAAACCGCACAUUCUUCUUGUUCUUCCGUAGCGCUUCGUCACCAUCUAUUUCCUCGGCACCGAAGUCUUCCUGUAAUUCAGCAAACAUAUCAUCGUCCUCCUCCUCUUGUUUCGCAUCUUUCUGUCGUGCUUUGGCCGAGGCGCGCCCGUCGAAACCUUCAUUGUCGCUGUCGGAUUCAUAGCCAUCGAGAUUGACGGCCUUGCGGCGCACUUGUUGCCCGCGCCGUCCGAUCUCAUCUGCAUCUAGGAUUGCAUCGUCGUCAAGCGCGUCGGGGGCGAGUGUUGAGGGAUUACGGAGGUCGAAACGGGGCUUCUUUGAUGGACCGCCUUCGUCACCUUCGUCUAGGUGGUGAGUGCGGGUGUAGUCUUCGCCCGCCCGUCUUGGGCGCGGGAGUGAGGAGGACAUGUGUAUUGAAUUAACUUUGUGAAUAACACUGAAAGAGCAAGGGCAACGAGAGUGGGGAGAAAUUUCUGGCUGCUCCUUGCGGUGCAUGUCUGGGGUCGGGUCGGAAAAUCAUUGUGGAGC